GGGGGUGGGGGGGUGCAUAAGAGGAGAGCAGAGAAAAUGGACAGAAAGCUUUCCAUACAGACUCAUGUGGUCCCGGCUUCUCCAAAUGUUUGGGUGACUUUUUCCAGCUCUGAAGAGAUGUGGAAACUGCUCUCAGCACCAGAGGAAGCCGGAUAGAUCAGCCUGGAAGCAGACAGCUCCAAGAGCCAGCCCUGAGCCAGCAGACUCGACCCAUCCCUCCACGCUCAGCUGCUUCCAGUGGGUGAAGAUGUAGUCAGCUCUGUCUCCAUGGAGAUGUCUCCAAACACAGCAUGCUCUGCCUUGUUGCCAUGGUCCCUGUGUUUGAUGUUCGCGCUGACCUCUGACGGUCAGACCAUGGCUCCUGCGCCGUCGUACGGAGCUCCUGAGCACCAUAACACCACGCUGCUGUUCGACAGCGGGAACAGCCUGAGGAACUGCAGCUGCUCGGCCCCCGUCCAGGACUGCAACGAGGCCCUGGCCAACUCUCGGUGCCGAUGCCACACUGUUACGCGCCUGGCUCUCCCCCGUUCUGGCCUCAGGCAGCCGGGGAGUCUGGCUGUGUGGGUGAGGGAGCUCUGGAUGCUGGAGAAGCUACUGAACAGCAGCAUGGUUUUCCAUCUACAGUUAUCUUUCUGUGGAGUGAAGCCGCUGCAGAGCCAGCAGCUCGUUCUGCUCGGCUUACAGACCCUCCGAGUUCACAGCGCCGUUCCAGGAGCUCCUUAUCCCAGCCAGGGAAUCAGGGUUUCACCCUUAGCGUCUGAACCGGACUCCUCCUCUUUUCACCACAUGACCUUCAUCGAUGUGGAAGUGCUGAACGGACUGUCAGCUCUGAAGGCAUACAGCAUCAUCGGACCGCCUCCCCAUACAAUCUCCCAGUUCUUCCCACACCUGGUUUUCCCAUUUACUCAGACAGCUUGGGAUGAUCCACUGGAGUCCAGGGAAAACUCUUCAGAACCUCUACAGAAGACGUUCAUCACCUUUGUGUACUAAAAUAAUCUCAUCUAGCGGCAAGAUCCAGGGAAAUGCUCGAAUGGUGUAGAUGGGAAUUAUUCUCAAUAAGAUUGAAAUAUUUGAUAUUUAUGUCUAGCAGAAAUCUAGCUGAGAUCUUUCUCUGGACAUCUAGUUUUUUUUAUCUUUUCAAACAUACAUCCUUCUCCUGGGAGGAAUUAGAAAUGUAUCCAAUUUGGGAAUAUUUUUC